AUGAGUUUGAUGUUUGAUCUGUUAAAAGGAUAUAUUCAAACGUGCUGUAAUGAAUUCUGUUGGCUAUAUGAAGAUGUUUAUAUUGAAGCGAGAAUUCCUUUGAAAGAAGCUUUAGAUUUAAAUGGUGCUCAUUAUGUUUUCAGUCAUUUCAAUAAAAUAUUUGAAAACAGUCGUUCAAAUACUACUGCUGGUCCAAAACAUCUCAAUUGUCUGGCCAUUUUCACAGCAUUGAAUUAUAUGCCAUUGCUUUUUCAAACAAUUUUAACUCUUUAUGAAGAACAUCAAAUGGUAGGAACAAGAAGUAGUCGAGAUGGAAAUUGGAGCGAAGCAGAAAAAAAUGUGAUUCGUGUGUUUUUACAAGGAGUUGUUCAAAAAGCAACUGACUGGUUAAAUGUAAAUAAGCAAGAAGAAUUAAAGAAAAUGCCAUUUGUUUGUAAAGAAGAUGAAAGCUGUAAUCAAAACUGGGAUUUGUUUAAUUUUCCUAAAGACAAACAGGCAAUAGCUGUUCAAAAUAUAAAAAAACUCUGGAAUGAACUUCAAGAAACUCAGCAACAAUAA